AUGAAGAAGAUCACGAAACGCUUGGGUGUUGUCAGUGCUACUCGCCUCCCCGGAUGGGGACCGCGUGACCCUCACUGCGCCUGGUUGGAGAUAUGGCUGCCAACCGAUGUCAGUGGCGUUCUUGUUGUCAGUUUCUAUCCAGAUUGCCUGAGUGAAUAUCUGGAGAUAUGGCCCAGUCGCGCCUUCAAUGGCGCUUGUGCAUCCAAGCUAUUGCCUUCAAUGCGUAGCUCCUUUUCCAACCCCCCUUCACUUGACAGCCCACUGACAGUGCUGGAUUUAUGCAUCAGUUUGUCAGCUCCCGCCUGCAAUGCGCAGCUACCUACCCCUUCCCCCAAAUCUUCGAUGAACGAAACUGCGGCAGCUACAACCACUGUACAACGAGUACGCGUCCUCAAUGCACUGCCUGCCUUGUUUUGUCUUCAUAGUCGCUGGUCGCGUGACACCACGCACAAUCCUCACCACAGCGGUCUGAACAAACUGUGGAUUGCAACGUAUCACUCUUGCAAUCCCAUUCUGAUAGUUCAAUUGCUAGUGUUGAUCUGCAGGCACUUGUUCGAGGGUUGCAGCCUGGCAUAUUGUCCGCCGCAUUUGUAUCGUGCUCGUAUUACCCUGGUUCCGAAAGUCACAAAUCCGAUUUCUGCUUACAAACUGAGACAGAUCUGCGUGUCAUCAAAUCUUGUCCGAGGCUUUCGUAAGAUUUUGCUGAUCGAUGGAGCCGUAAAUUGCAACCACCCUUACUCCAGCUUGCGUUUCUGCAUCGAGAUGGUUGUUCGAAAGUUACGUCGGCGUUACGAGCCGUGCUUCGUCGCCCUUCAGCAACUGCUUCUAGUUCGAUGCAUCGCACAUAUCUGUGAGAAUGCUGUAGCAGUUAUCCUCAAUUCCGACGUUCACUGCCACAGAGGUGUGAGGGAGAGAGAUCCACUCUCUCCAAUAUUGUUCAUUGAGGUAGUGAGUGAGGUUCUUAGAUUGUCGAUGCCGCAACUAAGAUGCCAGUUCCAUGACAUCCUAGUAGAUGGUUUUGCCUUCGCUGACGACUGCUGCUGCGGUCAAGUUGAUAACAGCUGGUAUGAAGAUAAACGCCCGAACGAUGAAAGCGCCUGCGAUUUGUGGGGACAGGAAACACCGGGCGACAGCGGUCUCGGUUUAAACUUUUUACUUCUCCGAGGAACUUAUCGAUCCUCUGGAUCCAACAGACAUAUUCGGGCUUUCACUUGCUUUCGAGGAGAAGGAAAUCUGCCAUCAUCGACAGCAGCGCUUCUACUGCUCGAUGAGUUUACGAGUGCCCCGUUGAAAUCGCACCAAAGAAUGAAGAUCGCAAGAAACUACCUGGAGCCGAGGCAGACAUAUUUGCUUGUGUUAGUCCAAGUCCACCGAAACACGCUCAGAAGGCCUGACAAUUACAUCAGACAGUUUAUUAAUGACUGGCUACGUCUACCGAAGGACGCCCUAAUCAGCUUCUACCACGUCGGUAAACAACAUGGGGAGUUCGUCUCACAAGGUGUUCCGGAUUUCAGCAUUCCAAUCCAAGUCCAGGUUGUAAGCGUACGAACCAAGAAACAGCUGGUGACUGCUUGGGGUGGUAGUCUGCACAAGAGCAACGAGUGUUUCCUUGGAUGUUUAUCCAGCUCCGAUGCGACCUUCUUAGCACGACGGUCAGAAGCACUCAUUAAGGUCAUGGUGGUCAGACGAUCUUAUGUCGUUGAAACUAUGGCCAACCGGAGAGUUUGGUGCAUAUUUCGCAAUCCUGCUGGAUCACGCAUGACGCCAGAUGUGCUCGUCAUAAUCGGGUUGCAGGGGAACUUGCAAAAUGUCUCCUUGGACUGGGCCCCUACUUCUACGUGGUUCAUCAAACCUGACCUAAUCGCUGUUCGAGAUCGCCGUGCAGCUGCGAUAGACGUCAGCAUAGUCUCGGAUGGGCGUGCAGAGACAGUGUGGAAUGAGAAGAAGCUGAAGUAUGGUGCUGAUGAACAUUCUCUCAUCCGCCAAGACUGUUAUUGGGGCUUCCUAAGGCCACAGUCAAUGACGUGUGUUUGCUUACCAUUGCGGACUCUGGGUACUUAUGACACUUUUAUGCGUGGUACAUGGCGCUGA